GGUUCUUCGUCGCCUGAUCGACUCACGUAUUCGAUUUUGAACUACCAAAUAACAGCAAGUCCGAGGAGCUGCUGAGAAAGAUGGCCACGAUGGGAAGACUGGUGGUGGUGGUGGUGGUGGUGGCGGCGGCAUUGUCACUGGCGACUUCGGUUGCAGGUGCCAGAGUUGAGCUGCAGCAGUUUGCACCGAGUGUCAAUUUGGGGGCCAAUCUCUCGAGCUUGGAACAGCAGCUUCCUCUCGAGGCAGGCCUCGUAUGGGGAUACUACUCCAAGAGCUGCCCCAGGGCCGAGUCCAUCGUAACACAGAAGGUCUCCGAGGCGAUCAGGAACGAUCCCGGCAUUGCUCCAGGUUUGCUGCGUAUCUUCUUCCACGACUGCUUCGUCAAGGGAUGCGAUGCGUCGAUCCUUCUGAGGAACUCGAGGGGCUCUGAGCUGAACGACGUUCCGAACAGAACCAUCCGACAAAGUGCUCUGAAUUUGAUCGACCAGAUCAAGGCAGCUCUCGAGCAGGCGUGCAAAGGAGUCGUCUCCUGCGCAGACAUCGUCGUCCUGGCCGGUCGUGACAGCGUGAAGCUGGCCGGAGGACCUUCAUUCAAUGUUCCCCUCGGGCGUCUCGACUCGUUCACCAUCUUCCCUACCAACGCCCUGCCAACUCCAUUCGCCAGCUUCAACGACCAGCUCAAUGGCUUCAAGGCUGUCGGCUUGAACACUCAGGAUCUCGUCGCUCUGGCAUCUGGAGGACACACGAUCGGAAUUUCUCAGUGCGCAUCGUUCCAGGGACGCAUCUUCCCCAACUUGGACCCCAAGCUGAACAAGGACUUCGGCAACGCCCUGAGGCAGAUGUGCGGGAACAGCGGCAACACCGUGGGCAUCGACUUCUUCACCCCCAACAAGUUCGACAACCAGAUCUACAAGAACUUCCUGACCGGAGGAGCGCUGCUGCUGUCGGAUCAGAACAUGGACUCGGACUCCACGGCCUGGAAUCUGGUGAAGACGUGGGCCAACAACCAGGGUGCGUUCUUCAACCAGUUCCUUUCCUCCUACAUCAAGAUGAGCCAAAUCAACACUCUCUCCGGGCGUGCGGGGGAGGUCCGCAGAGUGUGCGCGAAGCCCAACAACAUGGCCGACGAAUUCGAGCCUGAGAUCAAGCUGGUUACCGAUAAUUAGGCGACGAGUAUGAAUUACAAUAUGACGACUUUACUGGUCCAUAAGAAUAUGACUGGAUCUACGCUAAGGUUCGAGUCUUCAUAGAUGCAACCUUCACCACGGUAAAUUUCUACGCUAUCUCCUCGAGGACUUUAGGCUGGGGUCAGGAGAUAUGUCAGCAUCGUAGUUGCUACCGUAGUUUGUAUGUUUUUAAUAGAGACGUGUGUGACUACACACCUAAUCCGAAUUUUGCACCGCUUAAUCCAGUUAAUUCUCCAAGGCUGAGGCCCUUGCACAAGCAAAUUUCCUUUCACUGCAGGAAAUCCUAUCUCCAGGAUUCGACGAUAGCUUCAAGCUCGAAUUGACAUUCGACGGCUGGUAGUUGAGCACUUAUAUACAUCUAGUAUCUCGAGCGUUGUCCUCGAGUAAUUAGGGCUAUUAGAUUCCAUUGAGUAAGAAAAAGGAAAAAUAAACUUCCCACUAUGUGGCAACGAAAGACUGACCUCGAAGGGCAAAAGGACAACAUGACCCUUGCCUCCAUCCGAACUGUGUGAAUGAAAAAUA